GUUCGUCGACAUUUAGAUGAUAUACAAGCUCCGCGAAGCUUUCAACAGUGCAUGCAUUGCAGAUCCAACUCCACUGGUGCGGAGAUGGUAACAUCUCUUUCUCUGUCACAUCAUCAUUGAUCCAACCUUGUACAUGGGCUCGGGUCCCGGGUCUUUUCUCGCUGUGUGAUGCUAUAAGAGUCAAUCAGGCAGCCAGUCGAUCGGUCAAAAUGCAGCCUCCAAUUGCGAACUCCUCUAGAGCAAGGAGGAGAGAUCAUGUGGUGCCGACCUUGGGCGUAUCUGGCCCUCAUCUCUUCGUAUGCCUUGGCUCAAAACCCGUAUCUGAACGCAGAUGAUGCCAAUGACAACCGCCUACCCAAUUACUCUCCAGCUCGGCCACCAGUGGUGCCAUUGGCUGUCCGAUCGCCUUAUACAAGUGCAUGGCAAUCCACGGCAGGUAACAGCACGCUGAAUUCCGGUGGUGUCCAGUUCUGGACGGGUGGCGGACUUGGAUGGGAAGGAAUUGUGACCGUCGACGGCAUCUCGUAUGAGUACCUGGGUGUUGGGUCGAAAUCUCUUCCCACUCUACCCUUGAUCAAAUCAGCUAUUCCACAGGAUGUCUCCUACGACAGCCAGUACUCGAACUAUACUUUCCAAGCUGGUCCUGUCUUGGUCACGGCCAGCUUCUUUUCUCCUGUCAUACCUAAAGAUCUAUGUCGAACAAGUAUCCCUCUGAGCUACUUGACCACCUCUGUCGAGUCUCUGGAUGGCUCGAGUCAUGACGUACAGUUCUACAGCGAUGUCAACGGCGACUGGAUGGCACCUGAAGGCAACAAGACCUUGAUCUGGGAUCUGUACCAAAGCAUCAGGUCCAUCAAUGGGAGCGGGGAUGCCACUGAUUCAUCAAACCUCAUCUACACAUGGCUUUUCAAUCUUUCGUCACAAUACGAAUUCGCCGAGGAAAGUCAGCUACCGUUAUGGGGGAACUUUUCAUACACCACAAGCCCUGGUCAAGCCAGCAACUUCAGCUUCCAAAGCGGCUAUUCGGCGACGCUGAGAUUCAACUACAUCAUGCAGCACUAUCUCACUGAUAUCGUUGACGGCAACUAUCGUGGUGCUCAAGACAUGGAGCCCGUCUUCGCAUUUGCCCAUGAUUUUGGUUCAACGACGUCUGCGUCUGUCCGGUACACCAUUGGAUCUUCUCAGACUCCCAUCAUGCGAUACAUCACCUCAGCCGGCGUCGUGCCCCUACAGCCAUGGUGGACCAAAUGUUACGGCGACCUCUUCUCGAUGAUCCAGUACCACUACAACGACUACGACAAUGCGGCAGCGCUGGGCAACGCCUUCGAAUCCCAACUCAAGUCCGACAUCGACGCCUACUACGCGCCCGACUACGCCAACACGGCGGUCUACAGCAACAGCACCGCUUCCGCACCGCCAGUCUAUCCGGAUCAGAACAUCGGAACAGACCAAUACGGCCAGCAGUACUAUUUCGACCCCGAUUCGGCGUACGGAUUCCUCAACCCCAACAACUUCAGCGGCAUCGCGAUCCCCGACGUCUCGGAGCCAGAAGCGUACUACUCUCUCGUCGCCCUGGCGGCACGACAGAUAAUGGGCGCCUACGUCCUCACCAUCCCCCCGUCUCUAGACUCGAGCUCCAACCUCGACGAACCGCUCAUGUUUCAGAAGGAAAUCUCGUCCGACGGCAACGUCAACACGGUCGACGUCAUGUUCCCGGCCAUGCCCUUCUUCUUGUACGCCAACCCGGACCUGCUCCGGUACAACCUCAACCCGCUGUUCUACAACCAGGAAAACAAUUUCUAUCCGAACCAGUAUUCCAUGCACGACCUGGGCUCGAACUUCCCAAACGCCACGGGCCACGUCGAGGGCAACGACGAAUACAUGCCGGUCGAAGAGUCGGGCAACAUGAUCAUCAUGACGUACGCGUACUACGCCUUCACUCACGACACGGCGUACCUUGAAUCUCACUACGCCAUCCUGCAGCAGUGGUCUGAAUAUUUGAUCCAGUAUUCUCUCCUGCCGGGCCAGCAACUGUCGACCGACGACUUUGCGGGUCAACUCGCCAACCAGACCAACCUGGCCGUUAAAGGGAUUGUAGGUCUGGCUUGCAUGGCCAACGUCGCCGAGGCCGUCGGUCAGGGGGCCAACUCUUCCAACUACUCGUCCAUCGCGACGAGUUAUUUCUCCAACUGGACCGACUUCGCCAUCGACCCUUCGGGUCACCACACCAUGCUCGCCUACCAGUGGAGGUCGUCUUGGGGGUUGCUGUACAACAUUUUCCCCGCCAGGUUGUUUUCACUGUCCAUCAUCCCGGAUUUUGUCUUCGACAUGCAGUGCGCUUGGUACCCGACCGUGAGUCAGGUUUUUGGUGUGCCCCUGGACAACCGUCACGCCCUGACGAAGAGCGAUUGGGAACUCUGGACGGCAGCGACGUGCGGUACCAGCACGCGAAGACUUUUCGUCAACGCCUUGGCGUAUUGGCUCAACGAGACCAGCACAAUGUUCCCCUUUACCGAUUUGUAUCUGACAACAGGUACGGGGGCUUACCCAAACAGCGAUUCAAGUAUGAGUCCCAUCGAGUUCAUCGCCAGACCCGUACAGGGUGGAUUGUUCAGUUUGUUGGCAAUGUACGCCGCCGGUGGGACUGCCAACAAGUUCCCUUCUGCCGACAACAGUACUGCGAACGUGGGCGGGGGGAACGGAACAACAUCAUCAGCAGCAACAACGACACUCUCGUCUUAUAGUUUACCCAUGAAUACAAGUUGGACGAGUAUGCCCGCCUCGACUUAUGCUUUUCCGAGCGAGACGAGUGAGAGUGCGAGUAUCAGCGAGAGCCUGAAUAUCACUCUGACAACAUCUGAAUCAACCUACGUCAGUCCGAAUUACUUGACUUACACCAUGACGGGGCCACCGACAUUGUCGACCGUCACGACGAGCUCCACGAUGAGUACCACUUUCACGACGUAGGG